AUGACGCGACGGGCGAAGGAACGAUUGCGAGACGGGUCGGUGGACGACGCGAUCGACCUCGCGGGCGAGGCGCUGGAGGCGCACUGCGCGCUCGGUGACGCGUGCGCGCGGGCGGCGCUGGCGAACGCGCACUUCGUCUACGGCGAGGCGUUGUUCAGGGGGGCGCAGGCGUCGAACACGGUGUUCGGGGAACGCGCGCGGGCGAACGCCGAGGCGAGCGGGACCAAGCUGGAGGACGGAGCGAAGGACGAGGCGACGAGAGAAGAGGACGCGGACGGGACGGAUGGUGAUGGUAAAGAUGUUGAUGACGAGGGUGAAGACGCGGCGGAGGAUGGCGAGGACGACGAGGAGGAGGAGUCGGACAUGGAACUCGCGUGGAAGAUGCUCGAGACGGCGCGCGUCUUGUACGAGGACGAGUGUCCGGACGCGCCGUUGGAGUUGGCGGACGUCAUGGAGACCAUCGGUGAGUUGAACAUGGAGCAAUCGCAGUUCGACGCGGCGCUGACGGAUUACAAGGCGGCGCUAGCGCUUUUGGAGGCGAAUCUGGAACCGACGGAUAGGAGACUGGCGAGCGCGCUGUACGAAAUUUCCAUCGCGAAUCAAAUGUUAGAGGCGAACGACGACGCUCUCGCGGCGAACACGCGCGCGAUUGAGAUUUGCGAGGCAAGAAUAGCCGAUCUCAAGGCUGGCACCGCGCGCGUGAGCAAGGGUGCCCGCGAGCGCGCGGGCGAGGUCGUCACUCCGGAGGACUCUAUCCGCGAGUUGGAAGAAAUUAUGGGCGUCGCAUCCGAUCUCAAGGAGCGACAACUCGAGCUCCAAGAGCUCGUGAGCGCCGAUAACUCCACGCGCGAGGCGCUGCGAGCGGCGUUCAAGGCGAUUGGUGGUGCCGCACCGCCUGGAUCCGCGGAGGAGGAGAGCGCUGGAUUCGCCGCGCCGACGCUCGCCACGAGCGCCCCGGUGCAGGCCGCGCCGGUUCGCAGAGUACUCCCUGCUCCCGUUCGUAAAGUCGAGGUCGCCCCGCUUCGCGAGGCGCCCGUCAAGCGCGUGGAGCCACAGCAAACCGCGACUCCGGCCGCCGCGCCUGAGGCGAAGAAGAUGAAGCCGACUCCCAUCGAACAGGCGAACAAAGCCGCGUUGCUCGGAGCCACUCCGACGGACGCGGAACCAAACGGGUGCCCACAACAGUAG